AUGGGAACAAUAUCUGGUUCUAAAACUAUCUUUGAAUCUCUCGACAACAUCAGGAAUGCUGGCUUUGAUGAUCUCUCUCAGUACAUCACCCAUUUUGUUGAUGUGGAUCAUGUUCCAUCAACGUACAUCUCUACGCUUUCACGAGACCAACAGAUCAUCUGCUACCGUCUCUUUCUCUUGGCUUACCUUGUGACCUGUGGAAGGGAGGCACCUAGAGAGAUGCAGCUUCGAGCAGCAUUAGCCUCGUAUGAAAGAAGGGACUCGGCGGUUAUUGCAGGGACAGGGUCGGGAAAAACCCUUAUCAUCGCUCUUCUUAUCUUGUUGGACCACCCUUCGAAUGGUGUCAGCAUCACGAUAUACCCUCUGAAGCACCUUCAAUUGACCCAGGCGAGAGACUUUGUUAUAAAGUACAAGAUCAAUACUAUUGCAAUAAAUGAUGAUACGUCACGGAAUCAGUCAUUCUGGGAUAAUAUGAUAUUUAAUGGCAAAACCAAGACGCUGGGAACUGUCAAGCACUUCAUUGUAACUACGGAACAAGUGUUCAAAUCCAAGGAAGGAUAUCUCACACGAUUUGGUCAUCUCAUCCGGACGCUGGCGUUUCGGAAAACAAUCAGGCAUGUUUUUGUAGACGAGGCUCACUUCAUUUAUUUCGCUGGUACUCCACAGUACAACGUUCCCGCAUUCCGACCAUCCUGGGGUCGCUUGAAUGAGAUAAAAAUACUCCCCUCCAUUCCUUGGCAGGUAUUAACAGCGACGUCGCCACUUCAUGUUCUCUCGGUCAUUGAGAGUGCUGUCCUUCACUUGGAGUUUAAAGUUGAGAGGACAUGUCCAAUGAAAGAGGGGUGUAAAAUACACCAGAGAAGGACUUAAAUCGAUUUCUAUGGCUGGCAGACAUGACGGACAGGGAAAAUACACGAAAACGCGUCGAGAUCACUACGAUCACCAGUAAAACCUAAAUAUGGAAGCCCCUUCUCUGACCUUUUUGGGAUCCGGCAAUUCCAUAAAUUUAUCAAAGGGAAUUCAAACUCAGC